CGUAACGGAUAAGGCCAGGUAUCAGCUGAUGAUUCGCGGCGAGGCCGCGGUAGAGCCACGUAAGACGGAGCACACGCUUAUUACACGCGUAAUUUGAAAAAGCGCGUAUACAAUAGGCGAGUGUGUACGAGAGACGAACGCGAUUCGGCGACGCGCAGUCCUCCAGUCCCAUCGAGAUAUCAGCAUCGGAUGUGUAGCUGAAGGGCCAGCUGAGAGAACGCAACUGUCAUUUCCGUCGUCACGUGGAAUUAAACGCUGGCAUCCGAACACUCAUAUCGGUUAGAUGACGGCGCGGCGCCGUGGCUUGACAGGUCAUGGGGGCCUGUCUCGGCCACUGCUUAACGAGAAUUACAGAUUCCGUGCCGUACAGAUUCUAUCGAAGGCAUACCAGAAUGCCUUUUCCAGAAGAAGAACAAGCUGAGUUCAUGGACGCUGAAGAACAUGAAGACCAAACUAAAAGAUCAAAAAGUCUGUUAUCAUUUCUUUCUUUAAAAAGAUUCAAGAAAAAGCACGGGGUUCCAGUGACCUUAGAAUUAUUGGAAGAUGGAGGAUGGUCACGAGGUGGUAAUAAAUAUGCCAGAUUGAGUUCUAGAAAUGAUGUUUCUACAAGAAUUAUAUUUAGCUCUGGACUGGAUACACCGCUUCAAGUUCUCGAUGCAAGAACAUUAAUGAAACAACAAACUUAUGUUUCUUCUACUCCAGGAUCAUCGCUCGAUCUUGAGUGGGAACACGAAGGAAUGCCUUUACCAAUUCUGAACAAUGGAAAAGAAAAUACAGAGAAUUCUUUAACACAAACAUCAAUUAACAAUAGUCAACCAUCUAGCUUGACAUCAUCUCCUUGGUCCAGAGUUUCAAGCCCAAACAGUUUAGAAUGGGAUCCAGUAGAAUCAGAUAUGGUAUGUGUCGAUAUGGAAACUGAACAACUUUUAACUGAGAUAGAAAGAUUAACAGAUAGAGCUCUAAAAGAAACAGGCGACUGGACUAACACUAAUACUAGCUGAUAAACGAUUUAAUUAUAAUCAACGGAAUUGUUUGUAUUUUUGUAUUAUGAAAAUUCAUUAUAAAAUUAAAAUAGAUGCCCUAUACUUUCGAGAGAUACAAAGAGAUAUUAUUUCGAUAUUACGAUUCUUGAAACAAUAUAACUGUGUUUAUAUUGUUUCAAAGAUGUGUAUUUUUUGUACGACUUAAAAUAUAUAUUGAGCACAAAAAUUUGAUGAGGAUAUCUACGUUGUGCAUAGCGUGUCUUAUAAUAAUCUCUAACAUGGAAAAGAGGAAUAAUGUCAAGCUAUCAAAUCAAGGACACCUUCUCGCAGUAUAUGCAUAUGUAUGAUAUUGUAUACAUAAAAUAAAAGAUAUAUUUCUUGUUUUAAAUUUUAAGUCUUGUUUUACAUUUUAGGCAAAAUAUUUGCUUGCUUAAUUAUAUGCUGAAAUUAAAUUUUUGCAAUGAACUUAAGAAACAUUAACAUUUUUACUUUCGCUAUUACCUUACACACAGCUUCCAUAUGACAAUAAAUUAUUUACAAAUAAAAU